UGAAAAGGUAUCUAAAUAUAAAUUGUAAUUGGUUGCAUUUGCACAAUUUAUGGGUAAUAUAGCGGCACGUGGUAGAGGUCGAGGCAACUAUAAAAAUCUUACUGUAAUGUACCUACCUCCUUACCUUAACAGUUUACUAUAUUACUUUAUUUAUAGAACAAUGGUAAAAUUCAGUUGCACACCGGUUACUCAUACGAGUUUUCUGCAGUAUCUAAGUAGUAUAAUAAUUCCCUAAGUAGGUAGGUAUAUCUUCAGAAAACAGAACUCUGUGUGAUGAUUGACUGAUGUGUUGCAUUCGUGAUGUUUCAUGUCCAAUUCGAGAAGCUGAUCGAUUCUAUUAUGAAGGCAUAAGGCAUUAUAUCGUAGAUCGCAGUGAAAUGUAAUGAGUCACGGUUACGAGACAAUCGUCGCGAAUGAUAGCUCGUUAUCAGUGCGAGUCGUGGAGGGAGGCGCGCGAGCGGCGCGGGCGCCGACAGUCGCGCGCCGACCUCGCCGCCGCCGCACGUCCCUCGUCACAGCCGCAGCCGCACGCGCAGCAUGUCGCAGCAGUUCACCAGGAAGCAAGUCGCCGAGCGCGCCAGCGGUGCCAAGAGCACGCUAUUCAUCAUCGACAAUGUGGUGUAUGACGUGACGCCGUUCCUGGACGAGCACCCAGGUGGGCACGAAGUGCUGGUCAACGUGGCCGGCAAGGACGCCAGCGAGGACUUCGACGACAUUGGCCACAGCCUCGACGCCAAGACGCUCAUGAAGAAGUACGUGGUGGGCGAGGUAGUGGCGGAGGAGCGCGUCGAGGUGAAGCGGCGGCCGGUCAGCUGGGACGACCAGCGGGCCGAGGAUGGGCCCGGCUUCCUCAGCUCGUGGAAGUUCCCCGUGCUGCUCGGCAUCGUCGCCACGGUACUUUACUCGUACCUGUUCGGCUAGAGUCGCGCUGUGCUGUCGCGGGCGCUGCGCCGGCGCCGGCGGUGCUCGUGUGCUGGUGAGAACUGGAAACUGGACACUACGUGUAACUUAAUGAGUGUGGUUGUAACUACUUAUAUGCUAACGGGAGUUUCUAUCUUUACAAUUUUGUACUUUUGUAAAUUGUAUUAAUGAGAUUUUUUGUACUGAUAUUGUAAGGUUACGUCGUAAUAUAUAUUAUUUGUUGAA